CCCCGAAGGAGCUUGGCUGCUUUCAUUGGCGACGGCGUCACUCUUGUUGGUAUUCAUUGACCGAGCACGGGCUGAAUGGCUUGGGCGGGGAAAUGAUGAUGGUCCUUGGGAUCCGUUCCGUUCUUCCUUUUUGUGAUAGUAUGCUGGAGGCAUGGGAGGUGUCUGAGCGAGAGGUGUGCGGCGGUUCAAUGUGAUGCUCAUCAAGCGUGACGCGUCCUGCCCUUGGUCAGGGUUUGCUGCAGCAUUGCGAUCAUGGCGCAGGCUCUGAAACGGGUGAAUCGUGAGCUCAAGGAGCUGCGGCGAGAUCCUCCCACCAACAUUUCGGCUGGACCCAUCAAGGAGGAUGAUGUUUUCCACUGGCAAGGCACCAUUGUGGGACCAGAAGACAGUCCUUAUGCAGGUGGCAUUUUUCAGCUAGAGAUCAAGUUUCCCCCGGACUACCCCUUUAAGCCACCCAAGUGUGCCUUUCGAACCAAGUUGUAUCACCCCAACGUGUCCAGCAGUGGUGGCAUUUGCCUCGACAUUUUGAAAAAGGAGUGGAGCCCCGCGUUGACAGUAUCCAAGGUGCUGCUUUCCAUCUCGUCGCUGCUAACAGAUCCCAACCCCGAUGACCCUCUUGUGCCCGACGUGGCCCGUCAGUACGUGAAGGAUCGCGAGGCCUUCAAUGCCACUGCGCGGGAAUGGACUUUGAAGUAUGCUCGGCCCUAGCUCGAGUCACGAAUCUCUGUGGUGACCAGGGAGGGGAGGGUUGGGGGGAUUAAGUCCUCCUGUUCAACAGCCUGUCUGGUCUCAGCGUUUAGCGCAUCCACACUUAUCACGCCAAGCGUGACUGCGCGUCGUUGUCGGUGUCACUCGUCUCAUCAUUAAAGGCAAGCUGGUUGUUGGAAAUUGAUCAUGAAUUG